AUGAAAACACAACUCGUCCUGGUGAUCUUGUUGAUUUUUAUUUUAGGAUUGUCUUCAGAGAGUUCUGUAUCAUACAAUUCUGAAACUUCGGAAAAUGUGUUAUCGGAUAACAUAAUAGAAAAAGUUGGGAACUCUGAAGUGGAGGUGAUUGAUGGGAAUUACAGUGGAAAUCAGACAAAAAUCCGAACCGCUCGAAGAUAUUAUGGUGGUCGUGGCUGGAGACGUCGAUAUUAUGGAGGAUGGGGAAGACGAAGAUACUAUUCGUUUUACCGUCCAAGAUACUAUUAUUAUGGCGGAUAUUACGGUAGCUAUGGAUAUGGUUAUGGAUACGGAUAUGGAUACUACAGUUACUACUAUAAAGCUUAA